CUCACCUCAAAGCUGUAUAUGACUCUACGUCGCUUUGUCGAUUGGCACCGCCCGUUGAUUCAUGCCCAAAUACGGCCCAAUUUUCCCUUGAUCUUUGUCAUCUCCCGGCGAAGCCUUCACUUGGGUCAUUACUCUCUCCGCAAGGGCUUGGCCUACUUCAAUGCCCACGAUCCUAGUUGAUGGAGGUGGUUAAAUAGCUCGAGUCAGCUCGAGCUUGCACUCCGACUGCCCUCAACAUGUCUUCUCGCGUCCCUCUUAUCUACGGUUGCGCGUCCUUCGGCAAAGAGGGUACACCCUCUACACGCAUUCACAGCCUGGAGGACUGCCAGAAGAUGAUAGAUUGUUUUACGGCGCGAGGCUACAAAGCACUCGACACGUCGCGUCGUUAUGGCCUUGGAACGAGCGAAGAGUUUCUCGGUCAGCUGGAUCUGAAAGAUGCCAUACUUGACACGAAGGCAUGCCCAGUUGUUCCAGGCGAUGCCGUCCCAACAAAACUUCGCGAAUCACUUGAUACCUCUAUCCGUGUCCUUGGGCCUCACGGCAAAAAGAUCCGUGUCUUCUUUCUGCACGCACCAGAUAGGAGCGUUCCGUUCGAGGAGACGCUGAGCGAGGUGGAUAAGAUGUUUCGUGAGGGAAUGUUCGAGGAGUUUGGUCUAAGUAACUUCUACUCCUGGGAGGUAGCCGAGUUCGUCGGAAUUGCGAAGGUGAAGGGGUGGAUCCAGCCCACGGUCUAUCAGGGCCCAUACAACGCUCUCGAAAGAAACGUUGAAACCGAGUUGAUGCCUUGUCUUCGCAAGCACAAAAUCAGAUUUCACGCGUAUAGUCCUUUAGCACGUGGCCUAUUGUCCGGCUCCAAGCCAACAACAGAUAUGUCACAGAUACUGAGCAUGCGAUACUCGCGUUACACAGCCGCUUUCGAUCAGCUAUCUGAACUGCUGCAGAAGCACGGCCUAAGCGGCCCCGAGGUAGCGCUCCGAUGGAUGCAGCACCAUAGUAGACUCACACCAAGCGACGCUGUCAUCCUCGGUGCGAGCAGUGUCACCCAGCUUGAGGCAAACAUCGACGCCAGCGAGAAAGGGCCGUUGCCGCAGGAGGUCGUCGAAGCACUGUCUGAGCUAUGGACGGAGAACCAAGGACGUGCUCCUCCGUAUUAUGUACCUAUCGCGUAUUGAGGCGCACAAGCACUCUCUAACCUUGUCCCGGGAUCGCUAAGUAAUGUGAUCGCAUAUGGAUAACCUUCCAGAUGACUAUACCGUGACCAUCGAAUCCUC